GCCGCCGUGGGACGGAGAGGUGGGGUCCGAAGCGCGCGACGUGGAGAGGCUGACGCUGGCAGGACAGGUUGACGUCGGCACCAGCUGAGUCGUGUAGAACGGCUUGUCACGCGCUCUGAGGUGUCCGGUGCCGCUUUGGGCCCGGCAUCGACCACCGGCUGGAACGGAUCGAUUCAGCCCGCAGGGCUCGAGACAGGCCUCUCCAGAGACGGGGGCGGCGUCUCUCAGGAGACCGGCACCGCGUCUCCCGCAAGACCCCACCGGCCCUGCCGCCGCCCUUCGCGGCGUCUCCGAGGACAGACUCUGCGGCGAGCGUCGGCAGAGCUCGUCCGGGUCCUCAGACCACGAGGGCAGUGUCCUCGCCCGUCCUCCCGGCUCGUCAAGCCGCCGCGACGGACGACUGCUCGGCUCAGCCCCGGACCGAGCCCCGCAGUGACAGUGCGCUGCCGCGCGCGUGAGUGACAGUGCGUGUGCUCCGCCGCCGACCGUGGCGCCGACAUGACACCGCCGCCGCUGCCCCCGCUGCUGCUGCUGCUGCUGUCCGCCUCCGCGGCAGCCGACCUGGACGUGGCGAGUCUGUACGGGAAAAUACGAAAAGGUCGGCUGAUCAACGUCUCAGCUGUGGAGGGCAAGACAGCUGAGCUUCCCUGUGACGUCACACCGCCCAUAGCUGGCGACGAGCUGCGACUGGUGCUCUGGUACCAUGGCACCGGGGGAACGCCCAUCUACACGUAUGACGCGCGGGGGCGCAAGACUCUGCGCGGGGCGCACUGGGUGGACUCCAGCCUGGACCAGAAGCGAGUGCAGUUCCAGCCGGACUCCCAGCCGGCCCAUCUACGGGUGAAGACGGUGAAGCGGGAGGACCAGCGCCUGUACCGCUGCCGGGUCGACUUUCUCCACUCGCCCACCAGAAACUCGCGCGUCAACCUCACCGUCAUCGUGCCACCAGAUCCACCGGUGCUGUACGACGGCCAAGGGCGGCUCGUGCGCCAGGUGGCCGGCCCCUUCCGCGAGGGUCAGACGGCGACCAUCACCUGCGUCACCGGCGGAGGCUCGCCGUCCCCGAACGUGACCUGGUGGAGCGGCAACGCGCUGCUGGACCGCUCCUGGCAGGCGGCCGCCGACGGCUCGGUGCGCAACCAGCUGACGUUGGGUCCGCUGACCCGGGAUGACCUGGGUGCCGAGUUCACCUGCUGGGCCACCAACCACGUGCUGAGUCCGCCGCGCUCCACCACGCUGCGGAUGGAGAUGCUUUUGCGCCCGCUGAGCGUGGCUCUGCUGGGCACCAACAACCCGCUGUCCGUGGGGGUCACGUACCUGCUGACCUGUCAGAGCACCGGGUCACGACCUGCCGCUGUCAUCACCUGGUGGCUGGGCGGCCGACAGCUGAAGAAUGCACGCGAGGAGAUAUCCAACGACGGCAACAUGACCCGCUCGGUGCUCAGCCUGACGCCCGGUCUGGAGGAGGUCGGCCAGACGGUGCGCUGCCGCGCCGAAAACCACCAGCUGCGUCUGGCGCCGCUGGAGCGCGCCUGGCCGCUCACCAUACAUUACAAGCCGCGACCGACGCUGCGGCUGUGGUCGGCGCUGGAGGAUCGUGGUAUACGUCGCGGCGAUGACGUGUACAUGAAGUGUGACGUCAGAGCUGACCCACCCGUGACCAGCGUGCAGUGGCGCUUCCAGUCUCGCCCAGUUGACUCCUAUCCGUUCCUGGCCUCGGACGUCACCAACGAAACGCUGAUCUUGCGAGAGGUCACUGCCAGAGCGGCCGGCCAGUACAGCUGUGUAGCGGUCAACGCCGAGGGUGCCGCCGAGAGCAACCCCGUCACGCUGGACGUCCAUGUGCUGCCGGAGUGCAGCGGCGAGCGGCCGGUCACCCUGCGCGCGGCCCGCGGGGAGACGCUGAAUGUCACGUGUCGCGUCACGGCCAAUCCGCGACCGUUCCGCUACACCUGGGCUCUGAACGCAUCAGGAGCCGUGUCGGACGUGCCCGAGGGUCGGGUCAGCAGCGCCGGCCUGACCAGCGUAGUUAGCUUCACGCCGCGCUCCCAGCUGGACUUCGGCACCCUGCUCUGCUGGGCCGACAACCGACUGGGCCGUCAGCGACAGCCCUGCCGCUUCACCGUCAUCAUGGCAGAGAAGCCGGGCCCGCUGCACAAUUGUUCGGUGCUGAACCUGACCGCCAACGGGCUGGAAGCCGUGUGUCGGCCCGGCUUCCACGGUGGCCUCCAGCAGCGGUUCGCACUGCUGGUGCGCGACGCCACCACGCAGGAGCUGGUGGCCAACCGCAGCUCCGCCCUGCCCAGGUUCUACGUCAGUGAUCUGCAGGAAGGACGCAACUACACCGUCACCCUCUACGCUUACAACGACCGCGGUCGCAGCCGGGUCCACCGGCUGGCGGUGACCACUCUGGCCGCGGCGGCAGAGACCGGCGAGAUGAGGUCGCUGGGCUCGCUGUUCCGGAUGACGCCGAUCCUGGGCAUUCUGAUCGGCAUCGUGGGCACGCUGGUGCUGCUGGCCAUCUCGAUCGUGGUCACGAUGCGCCUCCGCGGCCACAACGACGCCAAGGAGGGCUUCCCGGCGCCGGCGCCGCAGGAGAAGGCGGCGCCCGGCUCGGCGGCCGACAUCGCGGCAAACCCGGACCUGCUCCGCGUCAAGAUCGACGACAUUGACGACCCCGAGGAGCGGUACAUGGCGGAGCGACUCAUUAACGGGCCGCCACGCGACCUGCCGCGCAAGUUCAGCUCUCGCUCGCCGCCGCCCAACUCCUACUCCAGCCUCGGGCGCGGCGAGUACACGCGGGUGCCCUCGCCGAAAAUGCCGGUGUACCAGGGGCCGUACUUCAGUCUGCCCCGCGAGCCAGGCCAGCGGUCCUGCAGCAGCGAGGCGUCCGAGGGGCGCUAUGACGUCACUCACUCCGACUCCUCCACCCUGGAGGAGGCCGCUCCGCUCAUGGCCGCCUCCGACCGGCGCGAGAGCGUCGUGUGAUGACGUCAAAGUAACGCCAUGCGUGUUCCGGUCUUCAGUGCCGUGUUGCGGUGGCACAAGUGGUGACGACGCACGUGGUUCCAGUCCAGACUCAGCUCUGUCGCUAACUGUGGGACAAAUUCCCUCCCCGCUGGUACGUACCAGACCAGUGUCGCGGUGCAGUCGCGUCAAAGUGACGUCAGAACACGGAGCCGAAGAGACGGACAUCCCGCUUGUCGGAAGUCGUCCCGUGAAAUGACGCCUGCUUCCGUCGGACGAGGCUCUCGCUGAAUGUGAACCGUCGAGUGGUGCUGCGAUGCUCCGAUAAUCCGACGUCCCGUCACUUCCUUCAGCUGCCGGCGGGCAGGCGACGGUGACCACGUGACAUUGGACUGAUAAUGUGCCGCGGCAGCGCGUGGCAGCCUGUCACACCGUGCUGACAUCUCCGGUCCCGGAGAUCGGCAGGAUGGGUCACCGUAACCUUAUGCCUUCACCACGGGAGGGUGUGUUGGCACGGCGCUGUACAGUUACAUGUACUGCUGUGGACGCUCGUUGGCCUUGGAAAACCCAUGGUGGAUGUAUUAUGUCCCGUACCUUUUUUGUGUCGGAAGGCGCUAGCCAGAGAUGUCAGAGUAGGUGGAUAAUGCUAGCUGUUUACUCGUCGUUAUUAGUCUACAGCUUCCCGAUGGCAUUGCCUACCUAUCAAGUACGUUUUGUCUGGUAUGUGUCGUGCGAUGAGUCUCGGUGAGGCGCAUGUUUUUGAGGCGGCAAUGUACCACGUCCUAUGUCUACCUGGCGCAAAUGGAUCGACGUACCCGCGUAUCGUGAGUGUUAAUCUGCCUGAAUGAUGUCUGCGAUAACCAUGAUGUUGCGUACGUUAGAUCUCUUUUACCGCAAUGAUAUUGCCUUUGCAUACCUUAUCGCCGCCGACUAUGUGGCCGCCGCUGCCUUUGUAGCAAUGCGGCCAGCUACUGAAGCGCGCAUCUUCCCGAGCUGAUGAGCUGGCGUGUUUCCCCAUUCUUCCGGGCUGCUCCAUCGCGCAUGCGCCGUGCCGUCCGAUAUAGCGCCGCAGGCGGCGACCUGUUGUAUAACCCGUGCGCCCCCUCUCGACGGGCGGCGCUGCGGAUAGCUCGACCUUCAUGGAAGGUCGCCAGAGCCUGCCGCCCAAGCUGCACCCGGACGCCAGCGCGUGCCAUUCGCCAAUGUCUGUGAUAUUAACACGCGUCGUGCGGCUCGCUUCGUCCGCGCCGUGCAUGUGCUUCGACGCCACUAACCCGCGAGGAAUAAAUACU